GUGAAGUGCUCCAGUUCAUUGGGAUAGUGUUUGAUAGCCAGAGCAGAUUACAGAGGAGGAAACACCAGUUUGUGGUCCACAGAACUGAUUCUGGACACUUGCUGCGUUUCUUUGACAAGAUGAGCGUUGCAUCCGUGAGCAGGCUUCUGAAUGACAACGUGGGCUGCAGUGAGGAUGUGAAGACCAACUCUGUGACGGAGGUGGAGAUCAUCUCUAAUCAGACCAACAAGCAGCUCCUCGCCUCGCUUCUUCCUCUUCCUCGUCUUCAAUCGUCUUCUCUUCCCGCAGCCUUUCCUCCAUCUGAUCAGGUCUACCUGCAGGCAGCAGCAGUUUUCCAACAGCUGCACACAGAGAAGCCAGUCACGCAUCAAGGUCUGCAUUACGGAAAAAAGACGGACACGCCGCCACCCGAGAGUGGAGGCAAACCUGCACAGAAACAGGCCUACCAGCUCGCCUUCAACACACUCAAAUAUCAAGAUUUACUUGAGGACAUGAUCACUGACAGCUGCUUCCACACGUCUCAGCAGAUUUCCAGCGACUUGUUGCCGUUGGCGAUGGUGAUGCUAUUUGACUUCCAGAACAGACGGUUUCUGCUGUGUGAACGAUCAACAAAAGAAGGGCAGGAGGCUAUUCAGGAAGUCAGAGACCUGGAGAAAAGUCUGCAGAGGUGUAAGACCAAGCUGGCUGCCUCUCUGGCUCGCUACAGAGUGAAGCAGAGUCUACAGAGUGUUUCCCGUUUUCUGUCGGAUUCUGUCAGAACCAAACAUCACAGAGCAAAGAAUCUGCCACUUUACGCAUGGAUCAACACUCUGCAGACCAGUCUUGAGGAGGUGUGUGAAGCCUUACAGAGCUCUGGCUUGUGUGAAGUGAAGAACACGACUGAUCUGAAGGAGUCGACAUUCUGCAGGGAUCCCCUCUGUCCAGACACACUCGUCUUCUCCCAUCGUCUUCGGUCUCGGCUCCAGAACAGCGGCCUCAGCAGCACACACAUACUAAACAUACAGGACAGGACUGUGUGUGUGGCGGUGAGUGUGUUACGCCCCCUGCUGUUUGAUAAAGGUGACGUCCUGGUGGCCGGAUCCUUCUCAGCUGUGACCACCGCACAUAUAGCUGUAGCAGCAGCUGCCCGCUCAGGCCGAGUGCUGCUCUGUGGCGCAGAUCAUAAACCUUCACAAGUAGAAGAGAUAAAAGAACUACUCACUCAAAUGGGCAUGAAAAAUGUUCGAAUCCUGUCAGAAGCAUUCUGCAGUCUGAAAGAGUUUGACACCGCCGUCCAGCGGUUGAAGGUCAUCAUCGUGUUGCCUCAGUGUUCGUCCUCGGCCCUCAAUGACCCUGUGACCACCAUCCACAGUGAACACGGAGACUGGGAUCUGCUGCCAGACUUAUCUCAGGGUUCUGUUUCGAAGAACAAAAUACACUCUCUGAGCUUCCAGCAGGCUCGACUACUAGGACACGCGCUCAGCUUCCCAAAGGUCCAGACUGUGGUCUACUGCACACGCUCAGUGUAUCCGGAGGAAAAUGAGCAUCUGGUGAAAAGAGUGCUAGAAAAAACACACACUCACCCCAAACUGCUGCCCUUCAGGGUGAACGGUCCGAUUUUCCCCGAUGAUUCCUCUUCAGGAGACGCAACAGACUCCGAGUUUUUCAGGCUGAAAGCAUCUCAGUUCACCAACGGCUGCUUCAUCGCCAGACUGUCCCGACAGGCCGAUCCCACGAAGGUGGAAACAGUCCAGGAUGUGCUGGCGAGGGCAGCAGCUAAAGGCCUCCUGGGUGGAAUAAUUCCUGAACAAUCAAAAACCGGUAAAAAGGGGAAAGGCAAGAAGAAUCGAGCAGCUUCAGCUACCAGCAAACCUUCUUCCCCCUCUGGUGAAGAGGCCGGAGGGGAGCUCGUGAACGGAGAGGAUGCAGUCGAACCUUCAGAAGACGAAGAGGGGAAAGGUGGGGAAGAGUUCAAGGAUAUCAAGGAACAUGGAGAAAAAGUUGGAAAUAAAGAGGAAGAUAAGGGUGAAAAGAAGAGGAGGCGCAAGCAAACGGUAAAACGGCAUCCGAAACAGACCAAGAAGCCCCCAACAGCCUCAAAACCUAAAAGCCACAAGAAGAAGACAACAAAGAGAAGAGAAAACCAAUCACACUUCAAGAGGCGUCAGACGAAAAGCAAACCAAGACGAAUACCUCGUCUCACCCUGACUUUAAUCUCCUCUGCAAAACCCUCCAACCACUUGUCUCCGAUCACAGCUCUGGCACACAAGCUGAGUGUCACUCCGGCAAUUAAAUCACAGCAGACUGUCCUCAGCUCUCCCCCUCCAGCAGGAAAACAUCCGUCGUCUGCUAGUCGAGAUCCAGCUACUCCUCACACCGCCUCCAAGAGACAAAACACUCAGCCAGAAAGAGCAGCAAAAACAGAAGUGGAUUCAACCAAACCAGCAAAGAAGGCGGUCAGACCAGAAACAGAGGCGAUCAAACAGGCGGCAGAUUUUGUUUUGCCGCCAAUUUCAUCGCCGUCCUCAAGUUCUCAACGCAGCAAAAGUGGAAGUUCAGCGUCCCAGCUGUUGUCCAGGACGUCCAACAUGUCUGCAUCCUCGUCCUCAGUGUCUCUGCCUGGAUUAUAAUCUAUAAUAGAAUGGAUUAUAAUAACACAGACUCACUGAUGCUGUGUUGUUUAAAUUGCUGGAAUAUACUGAUGCUACAGUCGGUGUGAUCAUGAAGUUAAAGACAUGCAAAUGUAUCUAAAUUAUUAAAAAAUUAUUGUAUUUACAUAGUUUUCAGAGAAGCUAGUACAGUGUUUUUGCUUUUUUAAUCUGCUCAACAUCAAAAUCUAACUUGUAUUUGAAUCUGAGUUUACAUCAUAAGAUGGCAACUCAUAAAGAUGAGAUUUAAGAAAAAAAAUUGAAUAUGUAUUUUGGUUAUAUAUUAAAUUAUUGAAAUUUUAGCACAAUAAGGAACUGUACAUAUAUUAUUAAAGGCAAGGCUAGAGUGGUUUUGAGCAUUUGUUGUUGCGUGGAAUAGCAGAAAAUGGUCCAAUUAGCAGAGAGCUUUUUACUCUUUUAAAAUCUCAAAUAAACAUUUCAUUUAAAUCUUCCCUCGUGAUACUAAAAGUAUAUAUUGUAAUAGGAAAGAGUUUGAGUUACUAAUUUGGUUAUAUGGUAUCAGUUUAGUGGUACAAUUAUAGGGAAGAGCAAUUAAGAUUUGCCACUAAAUAAAGGGUCCAAAAAAUAGGAAAUAAUGUCAGUUUGUAUGCCAUCUUUUAUUCAACAAAAGCAAGCUGAAGCUGUCGCUGCCGCUAUCUCACAAUGAUACAGAAAUCUUUAACAAAUCCGAAUCACUGCCAAAAUCUAAUCAGUUGGUCCUUGUGUCAUUUCUGACCUUCCCUGAAAAUUUCAUCUAAAUCCUUAAGUCCAUUUCUGAGUAAUGUUGGCGGAGUAAUUAUCCUUUAUUUGACACGUAAGACGUCAGGCUACUGCAUAACAUCAACAGUAACUACGUUAUUUAAGUUCACAAAAACACACUAGUUGAGUUGGAAACGCCAUCUGUGCCUCAGCAGGUUUUCUCCUUAAAGAGAAAUCAGAGUCUAAAUCAGUGAUUCUAAAUAUUGUCAACUUGUCAACCCUCGAAACAAACCAAGGCUUUCUUGUGUUUUUGAGUAAUGUUGCUAACAGACAAACCAACGGCGAUCGACACAUAACAUAAUAAAUGUUGAUGAAAACAGAAUUAAAACAAGUCAUCAAACUCAUUUCAAAACCCGCCAGACUAAAUGAUGAAAAGAGAUGAAUAAGUAAUGGAAUAGUAGGCAGCUGCAGCCAAAUACAGACACAUGGAGACCAGCUGGUGAGUUUUAUAAUGCCGUUUAUUCUCACAAUUGGUUACAUUGAUAAAGUGUACAAAUCAGUGAGCAGCAAACGGAAGCCAACACAUCCAUCUAUGGGAAAUGGAGUGUGUGUGUUUGUUGUUGUUUAUGUGUGAGCUUGACAGAGGCACCGGGAGUCGACUGCUGCUCCCAUCUUCCUCCUCCUCCUCUUCUUUUUCAUGCCUCAGACAGCAGUGGACUCCCAGCUCUCAGUGCACUGUACAAGGUGAAGAUAUAUUCCUUUAUCUGCUGUUUUUUCUGCAAAGCGGAGCUUGUUGUAGCGUUGUGAGUUUAACCGGGGACCAAGACAAUGACACAGAGUCAAGAGACUUUACUUGCCCCCAAAUAAUAAAAUCAGUAUAUACCUUUAUAAAAUAGAAUAAAUAAAAUAAAAAAUAUUUCUGUUCAAUACAUACAGUCUUUCUUUCAACCAUCCAAGGGCAUGCAAGGCUUUUCAUGACUUUCCAUUUCUCCAGAUCAAAAGAAUGCAUAGAUAAUUGCUCAGUUAAAUUCAGUAUCAACUUAAUUGACGACUGUGAAAAUUUCCGAUCGCCUCUACUGUUUUCAUCAUUUGCUCUCGUAUUUUUCUUAUCUACAACGACGUAUAUCAGUAUUUUACACUUUGGCCAUUUGGUGAGUUUUCAAAAAAGGCAUUUCAUUACAAGAAAAUAAGAGAAAACUAAAGACAUUCAACAAAAAAAAAGAGAAAAGAUAGCUUAUAAAAAUGAUUAAUGCCAGAUGUUACAUUAAAUGGGUUUUUAUAUACACACAGAA